UGACAAGUGUCAAUAGGUAUGAAACUGAAUAACUUUAAUAUAAAAGACCAAUCGAAAAAAAAAAACAGAAACUUCAACUUUGACGUUUAAGAGUUAGGUUAUGUUCGAAAUUUUCUCGGCAAAAAGACCAACAAAUUGGAUUUAAUUAACGAAAACAACAACAAUGAAGGUACGUUUGCACGAUUUCGUGUACAUCAGCGUCAUUUUGGCGUGUUUACCGACCGCCGAGCUAACAUUAUCGCGAAAAAAUCCGAAAACCAAAGAAAAAACCGAGCAGAAAAACACGACCGCGGCCGAAAUCAAAGCGAAAAAAGGCCCCCAGGACUACGACGUGUUCAGCAAGAAUCUGGUCAGCGAAAAGGUCACCGCCCAGGACAUAAUCAACAACCAGCAGGCGUUCUACAAGGAAGUGGACGAUUACAGUUUCCAGGGUAUGGUGCUCGGCUACGUUACACCGUGGAACAACCACGGCUACGACGUGGCCAAAAUCUUCGGCAACAAAUUCACGCACAUCAGCCCCGCGUGGCUGCAAAUCAGGCGCACGGGCGUCGAGAAGUACGAAAUCACCGGCACCCACGACGUCGAUAAAGACUGGAUGGUAGCCGUAAAGAACGCCGGCAGGGAACGCAACCUAAAAAUCCUCCCUCGAGUCCUAUUCGAAGGCUGGAGCAACCAAGAUUACACCCACCUCCUAUCCAGCAACGACGAAAUGAAAGCCUUCAUCAGAACCUUCGUUCGAGCCGCCAAAAAGCACAAAUUCAACGGGUACGUGCUGGAAGUGUGGUCGACCAUCGUGCGAUUGCUCAAAUACGACGUGCUGAUCAAUUUCAUGAAAGAAUUGUGCGAUUCGUUGAACAUCGAAGGGCUGGAAACCGUGCUGGUGAUACCGCCGAAACGGGGUACAGACACCUCGGGUUUAUUCACCGAUCAACACUUCGACGCGCUCUACGAGCACGUGACGGCCUUCUCGCUGAUGACGUACGAUUUCUCGAGCCCCCGCUCGCCCGGGCCCAAUUCCCCAUUGCCUUGGAUCGAGAAUUGCAUAGCCUCGCUCACGUCGGACGACACCAAACGCUGGAAAAUACUGGCCGGGUUGAAUUUCUACGGCAACGAUUACCACACCAACGGUGGGAGUCCCAUCGUGGCCCACGAGUAUUUGGACAGAUUGAGGGCGUUCGACGGCAAGCUGGAGUACAAUCGCGAGAUGGCGGAGCACUUUUUCGAGUACAAAGACAGGAACGGUAAGAAGCACAUCGUGUUUUAUCCCACGUUGCAUUCCAUCAACCAGAGAUUGGAGUUGUUCAAGAGCUACAACACCGGAGUGUCCAUAUGGGAGUUGGGCCAAGGUUUGGAUUAUUUUUAUGAUUUAUUGUGAUAUUUUUGAGACUGGAUGUAUUUAUGUAAUUAGAUGUGUAAUAUAAU